CUGUGGCAACACUUAAAAGACAGUUGUUGAGGUCCUGCACAGGACCUCGCGCCUGGCAAACAUGUGCACUGAGGCGUGCGUACAGAUGGCGGCGCGAAUAAUAGACCACCGAGCCUUUUAUAAAGCUGUGAGCGGCUCCUGGGAUCACAGAGCAGAGCGAGGGCUAACCAGACGGAGAGGACAGCUCGCACCCGGGAUUGUUUGUUACCGUUUUAAUCCUAUUAAUUAAAACGUUAACCUGAUUGGGUAGAGAGCUCUGUCCCAAUAGGCGAGUCUUCUUCAUAUUAAUAGCCCGCCUUGAGAUAAUGAUGUAAAAGACUCCCCCUUCAGUGGCUGAUGCUGAUGGCUGUCGAGAUCUCUGGAAGGUGAAUCGGAGCAGGAGAAACGCCAGAGCAGAGAGCCGAGCACUUAAGAAGGAGCUGUCGACUCGACACAUCAUUUGACAAGUAGCACAGGCAUCAACAUCAACUGAGCCGCACAAGGGGACAAAGUUACUGCCGGGGACAGACGCCCAACGGUCUCAGUCGAGCUGUCUAAGUGAGACUAUGGACAGGAGAAUGAACUUGAGCGACCCUGGAGACCUUUUCCACAAAACUCUGAGCGCUGUCUCUAACAAAAAAAUGGACUCUUUCAGACCGGGCGCGGGUAUCGAUCUGCCUUUGAGGGACCGCCAGUCGCCAAUCAGCUGUUUCGAUCAGUCUGACUCAGACCCGAUUCAACCCAAUGGACUGACAGGAGGACGUGGGGGGACCCAUGGUCUUCCGACCGGAUCUUUGUGCUUGAAAUACGGUGAAAGUGGCAAAAGGACUACGGCAGCGGAGAGCAGCGGCGGGGAACAGAGUCCUGAUGAUGACAGCGACGGCAGGUGCGACAUGAUGCUCAUGGCAGAUGGAAUGACAGCAGUGUCCGGGGGUAAGCAAGGAGGUAAGAAAGGAGAACAGAAAGUCCUGCGACUAAACAUCAACGCCCGUGAGAGAAGAAGGAUGCACGAUCUGAAUGAUGCGCUCGAUGAACUGCGAAGUGUCAUUCCCUACGCGCACAGCCCUUCCGUGCGGAAACUCUCCAAAAUUGCCACUUUGCUGCUAGCCAAAAAUUACAUCCUCAUGCAAGCGCAGGCACUGGAAGAAAUGAGAAGGCUUGUGGCUUAUCUUAACCAAGGCCAGGCGAUCUCUGCUGCUUCGCUGCCCGCGACCACUGCCCUUGCGCCGGGCUUAGGUGCGUAUGAGCAACCGCCUGGCUUCCCCCACUUCCCCACCGGAGUUGCAGCCUCCUCUUGUCCCGACAAAUGUGCCCUUUUCAACAAUGUCACCUCCAGCCUCUGUAAACAGUGCACUGACAAGCCUUAGAAUGCUUCUGAACAACUGACUCCUAUUGACUCUUAGAAGCACACACGAAAUUAAGACUUAAUAUGGACACUGCUGAAGAGAAUGGCGUCGGUAUUAUCCAUUAUUUAAAAAUGGAGGUCAAUGAAGAAGAAUGCUGAAAAAAAACUUUUAAAAACACUUACAGCAACCCAUUUAAACAUGCACCGUUUGUUCAGAAUAUACUUGAUUGUGUAUAUAAAAUAAGUAGCCUGCUAUUCCAGUGUUGGUGAGAAUGAACGUUUAAAAAGCCAAACUAAAGUCUAUGUCUGACUGCAAGUGGGAAAAGAACAGACUUUGUUUAUGCACUUGCAUUGUUGUGGACCUGAUGGAGUUAAGUGUAUUUAUGACCUGACAACAUGCAGCCACCAUCGCACAUACUACAAAACUUUUUUUAUAAGACAUUUCAACUACCAUAGGAAACAUCUCUUGAUUUUACGACGUAUAACGUUCGCUCAUUAGUCUUUAGCUUUUGUGGACAAUAACAUGGCAGAGCAGCAAAAUGAAUUGUACAACAGUCUCACAUCCCAAAGCCAAUUGCUAUUUAACUGUCAGAAUGAUUUUAAUGACACUACAAUACAGAGCAGCCAGACAGUACUUGCUUUGUUUAUGAUUUUAUGUCUUUUUAUCUUCUCUCAGAUUGGUAUUUAUUGCUUUCUUACGUCCGCUUGCACGGCAGUUUGUACUCUGCACUGGCGCUCUUUCUGUACAAAAUAAUAAUGUUUUCAUACACACGAACAGUGUGUCUGGGGUCGAGACAGAUUAAGGUUGUUGUCAGGUCAAGGUAUGGAGUAUCGUUGAUGCAUUAGUUGGAAUUUGAUCAAAGAGAGCCAUUUGUAUGUGUUAAUGUGUUGGAAAGCUUUAUUAAAAUAUUUUGAACAAACUACAACGUCCACCUUUUUGUCUGUUUAGUCAAGUUAUAUAGCUUUACCCAGUGUUAGGUAUAUGACUGAUACAUCUCAAGCCUUUUUUUUAAUGUUUGACUCUCUUUCUUUGAGGACAGUAUCAGCCUAGAAUCAAGGUUCUUAACUGAUAGGGAUAGUACAUACUAUCUAGUUCUACCUACUUUGGGACGUUUUAAGCAUGUUGUCAGAUCUCUUGGGUAGAAUAAUGAGUUGUUAAUUUUCUGCUCCAUCAAAAUUGGUAACUUUCUCCGAGUCAAGGCAGUGGGUAGCGUGAAGCUUUGGAGAGAAGCGGUCAGACAUGGUGGGCACAUGUGCCCUGCGGCUGCAAGACAUGUCUGUUAGAAUUACAGGAGAGAUCUUGGGCGCGCUUAAUGAUUAUUAUUAAAACGAUUUCGAUGACGGUGUCUAAUAAUAUGUUAAUUUGAAAACAACUGUGUAUAAAAACUGUCGACUGUAAUACCUACAUUCGUUUAAUGAAACACAUCGUUAAGGCAAUUAAACCUCCUGGAUGUGAUUAAGGAACAUAAUUACGACACUGUUCAUUGGCGUAAUUGGAUGUCUUUAAUCACGAGACACAUGAUCAGCAACAUUGCUGUUGGUGUGCAUUGUUCUCUCUCUGCUGUCCAUCAACCUGAUUAAGAAUUAGAUACGGCCAAAGGGCAUCCAUUUCAAAGGGUGGUGGCGUGGCCCAGUCCUUACAAAGUCACUGCCGUCAGGAGUUAGGCAAAAUCAACAUGAGGAUUUAUCCAAACAGUUCUUCAUAUCAUUAAAUACACCGACCUUCAGUAUCAUUCACUUAUAAUUAUGUGUUUUGGUAAAUGUAAAAUCAGGGCCGUGCAAAUAAAAUAGUAUCGUACAACGUAGAAGCAAAACAACUGUCCAAGUAUUAAACCACAUGUGGAAAAUGCGUGUGAUGUAGGUUAAUGUGUGUAAUAUAACAAUAUAUUUUAAAGUAUUUAAAUGGUGAGCGUAUCAUCGACGAGUUGCUCAAAAGAAAGCUGUAGCCUAUGUUUAUAACGCUAUCGUAAGCAUCAGUUAGUUGUUUAGGGUGGAUUGGAUACAAAGCACCAACAUCAACAUCAUUAAUCGAAAAUCUAACAUACACGUAUCUGCUUAGGGAACUAAUUCAGUAUUAUAAACGCGCCGAUGUUGCAAGUAAUAAAAGACAACCCUACGUUUAGAAAAGGACAACGUGAGUUACUCUCUGUGAGUCUGUCUUAGAUUGUGUCCGUGCUACACAAACCACCAUAAACAAUUAUAUUAGAGAAACUUUCCUUUUCUAAUAUCAAACAGGGUCCCAAAUCGUAUGCUAUUUAAUCUAGAAAUAUAAAAAAACAUUACGCGUAGUAAAUGUGGAUUUUCUUUCGAGAUUAGUAUUUUUGUGUAACUUCUCAAACAUUCGUGCGCUGUGCAGAAUAAUAGUUUCAUAAAAACUGGCUUAAAUUCAAACGAAACUGUGUGUAAUUUAAAAUAUUACCUGUGUCUGUUUACAUACAGUUGACAUCACUGUUUGAAUAAAAAAAUAAACGCAGUUUAGCUCCACAAAGUAAAAAGGGCAUCUAGUAAUAAUGGCUUAUGCAAUAACUGAUUAACUUAUAUCAGUAUUGAUGUUCGUUCAAUCUGAGAAGCUGAUAAAACACAAAGCAAGAAUCAAUCUGAAAAAGUUUUCUUAGACAGAAGAUCAGUUCAAACGCCGUCUUAUUUAAUAGUAUAUUGGGUUCAAAGAUGUAACACUGUGGAACACUGAGAGGUUAUCUAUACUAUCUCUACCACCAUGUCAUCAAGAUACGAGUGAUGAUGUCCUCGGCUAUAGGUCUAUCUACACGUUUUUACCAGUCUAUUUGAAAAGAUUGAUUGAUGGUCAGCAACUUAGUUAUAACUUUACAAGCAUUUUAUUUCAAAGAGGAGCAUCGUAUUGGGGCCCACACGAAGUCAUUACACGAGGCAAUGUGCCAUUCUCCCGACAUUCAUCUCCCGUUCCCCAGCACACACUUCAGCACCAGGGACAGCGCCAUUCAUCACGCGUGUUCUCUCCGUGGGAAAGCCGCAGGAUAAUGCGUUAUUACACAAUCAGCCUUGAUCGAAUAGGCCAACAAACUAUUUCAAGGUAGUUUUACUUACCGCCUAAACCUCUGGAGGUUAUAAUUCACUCAAACAACCACCUGAACAGAUACAACGAGAAUUAUUGCUGAAUGUCAGUGUAAGAGUUUGACUCUCCGCUGUCAAGUCCUCUGUUAAAGACGUUUUCGACUAUUUAUGAUACUACGCUGCUGGUCAUCCACAAUAAAAUGUGCGGAUGAAUUGACAAAUAUAUAUAUGUUAAAUGAGAUAAAAUGAUGCAGAAUAAUUCAUUAUCUGGUUAUACCAUUCCAAAUGUCACAGACCGGUCAAGUCUAAACUAAACGCAAUUAUUCGCACAGCGGGAGAAUUUGUGAAUUUCAAUCCAAAAUAAUAAAUAUGAAUCACAAAACAGCGAAAUAAAAUGAACAACAGUUUCACUUCAACAACACUCUAAAAAG